UCCUAAUGUGGAUGAUGCUAUCCUGGGGUGAGAAGAGUUGAGAGUUGAUGAGAGACAGAGUGAGACAAAGAGAUUGAUAUAAGAGAGGGAUGAUUGUCCGUGGAUGUGUACAUUCUGUGUACUGAGGGCCAGUCAGUCGUGGCGCUACCCCAAACAAAUGACCUACCAGGAAGCCUUAACCUGCCAAAUCUCAGACCACCAACUGGAAUGCCAGUACCUCCUGCUGUGUCUGUACCAUGCGGACGAGGAACACAUCGCUGUGGCAGAUCCUUGCAUCAAUGUGAGAAACUACACCAGUGUGAUAAAGUCCCCUAUAUGGCUGGACAGGGUUGUGGAGAAGCUGCAGCAGAAUCUCUACCAGUCGGUGCAACACUUUGUGUCUGAUGUGUUGCUUAUCUUCACCAACUGUGCCACAUUUAACAGGGACAAUGCAGAGUUCCGUGUGAUGGGUGAAAGAUUGAAGGAUCUAUUUGAGAGAGAGUUCAAGAGUACAUUCAGCAUCCAACUUCAGCAUCCAACUGCAUCCAACAGCCAGUAGAGCCUUCAUCAAGUCUGUACUGUUAUCUCACUAUGAGACAACAGGGAAUAUUCAACAUGCCCUGGUCUUUCUAUACAGCCUUCAUACAGACUUGCAUGUACAUUAUAAUCCAUCUAGUCCUUUCAUGAAUUUCUUUAAUUCGUUCUAGCAGUCAAAAUGGGUGUGUGAUGAUAAUUGAAAUAGAAUGAUGGUGAUAACAUUGCAUUUCACACAGUAAAUGUUGCUUUGCUAACUUCUCAUACAAGAGCCUUAGAAUUCCUCACCUUCCAGGUUCUUACUUCUGGUUAUGCCUCACUAUAUUCAUGUCCAGGGAUUCUAGCAAAAAUGAACUCGUGAAUUUCUAAAACAUUGUACAACAUAGUACUUGUUUGACUGUGUAGCCUACCAGAAUGUGGUUCUGUUGAGGAGAAUAUCGUCAGACAGAGCAGCAGCCCCCUCUUCAGGGCAGUUAGGUCAGCGGGUGCUUUGGGUCUCUGCCCUCAUGCAGGACCCGCAUACGCUGCUUAUGUAACAGUUGUUAAAGUACUGUGUGAAUUUCACCAGGUUCAUAUAUUAACAUGUCAUGUUGAUUUGUUAUUAUGCAUGCCUGCAUCCUGGGAGUAGGGGAGUGUGCACUUACGUUCUGCCCUGCGUGCUCGUGCUCAAAUCAUUUUGAUGCGCUAUGAGAGGUAGGCAGAAAAAUGUGAUUAUUUUAAGCACAAAGUCAUAGACACAGUGUUUUGUUCACGAAUAAUGUUGUAUAUUUAGAUGUUACUCAUAAGUUGAUGGUUUUGUUACGACUCACCUGUACCUACUUUUUAGGAUGAUAUUAACAAUCUGAAUUCAACAUAUGGUUAAUAGCUAGCUAAGGUAUUAGCAGGCUAUUGUAUGUGUGAACGAUGGCGAGCUCCUCGAAUGAUCCCAGUCCCUUGUGUUGUGCAUCUGUUGUAGAAAGUUGUGACGAUUCUCUGAACAAAUGUGCUCUACAAAUGUUUUAUUUCCUUUUGGAUGCAGGUAUGCGGUUUUAUCUAUGUAAAAUAUUUGUUAUGUGUUGAUGCAUAAUAAGGAUAGGCUGUACUCAUUUCUGUAUUCUAAAAUCAUUUUGAUGCACUAUGAGAGAAAAAGGCCACGAAUCUCAGAACAUAUGUGCUCUACAAAUGUUGUAUUUUCUUUUGGAUGCAGAUUCAGGAUGCAGAGAGUGAAUUCUGCUUAAUUAAAACAACCUGAUCUCCAAAGACCACAUCUAUAGUCUCACAUACAGCCCGGAAUCAAACCAGGGUCUGUAAUGACACCUCGAGCACUGAGAUGCAGUGCCUUAGACCGCUGCGCCACUCGGAUCAGUUUUGGAUGAUAAUCUCUCUCAUUGAAUCAACAGAGGUGUGUUUCUCUUUGCAAAUAUCUUAAUCCUUUUCUCUUUUUUAACCUUUAUUUAACAAGGCAAGUCAGUUAAGAACAAAUUCUUAUUUACAAUGACAGCCUAGGAACAGUGGGUUAACAGUCUCGUUCAGGGGCAAAACGACAGAUUUUUACCUUGUCAGCUCAAGGAUCUGAUCAAGCAACCUUUCGGUCACUGGCCAAACGCUCUAACCACUAGGCUACCUGCCGCCCCAAAACAUCCUUUAAGAUUUUAAACGUAAUCCUCAAAGUAAUCAUCUAGUUUUACAUAAGUAUCUGUAAUCUGAUUACAAUAUUUUAGCUGGUAACGUAACGGAUUACAGUUACCGGUUUACAUACGGAUUAUAUGCAAUCCGUUACAUGUAAGGGAUUACAAAAAAACAGUAACUGUAAUCUGUUACUCCCCAACCCUGACAUUAGGCUAUAACUAUCUCUGAAAUAUGAAUAACAUUACUACACAGACCAUACACGUAACGUUACUAGCUAGCCAGCCAGCUAAUGUUACCGAGCUAGCUAACAGUACACUUUAACUUGAAAUGAAAAUGAUUUUCUGACAAAAUUAGAAAUGUAUAAUAUAUGAAAAUGUAGCUAGCUUGACUUUCUUACCCGUAUGUAUACAUGGAUGGACGCUUCUCCCUCUCUGUCACAGAUGCCCUUAGUUUGAAGAUGUGAACAUUCUGUGUGAUCUCUUUUCGACUCUGCAUAUUGCAAUCAAACACCAUCAUUUUCUCCAUCUCCUUAGCUAUCAUACUCUAAUUCCACUGAUUUCAGAACCCGAUCCUCCGGAAAGUGGAGAGCAACACUUAUGCAGCUCUACUACUUGAUAUCUUUCAAAAAAGCAGUGUUAGAAAGGAUUACCUACACAUACUGACCAGCUAAUAUUAUAGACAGAAGUGUGCUACAUUGCAGACCAAUCCGAAUCUCUCGGCAUGUCCAGCCCACUCAUUAUCUCAGCCAAUCAUGGCUACCGGGAAGGUUGCUGGCUUUUUCCAUGGCUAAACCAACUAGGCUGAAAGUUCACAUGUUCCGGAAGGCAUUUCUGCUCAAAAAACGCAUUUUCAAAAAUAAAAGUUUACGUUCAAAGGUGCUCCUGUGAAGUAGUGACACGCAACAUACGCCUAAUUUCCAGAAACGAGUCACAUAUUGCAGCCUAAAUGUAAUUCUAUUAAGUUAAUUGCAUGUUUCAAAUGCAGAAGACUUAGAAGGCGAGCAUACUUUGCAAAGGGGCCCAACUUUGUGUGGCAUGUUGAUUCCUAUUGGUUACACAGACUUUUGGCCCCCUCAUCCUAUUCUAACCACCUCUCGCCAGCUUUGUUUUCAUGUUACCUGAUGAAAUUGCUGUAAAAUAUGAUCCUGUUGCCAUCUAAUGCACAUUCAAAUAUCAUAAAUCAACACUGCAGAGCU